GUCAAAGCUGUCACGACGAAAUAUUCCAAAAAAGUUGAGUAACAUAAGAUAUAUAUAUAUAUAUACAUAUAUUUAUAUUCUUCAUAUAUAUUUGUAAAUUAAAUAAGAGUUGUGUCUUUUAUAUGUUCUUACGAUGCUACAUUCAUUUCUCUUUUGAAAAUAUAUUCAGCAAUUCAAUUGAAAUCGAGUUGAAGAUUGGGAUGCGUUGUGAGAAAUGUGUAAAAGAAGUCAAAAGAGCUAUUUGCAAAUUUAAAGGAGUUAAAUCAUAUACAAUAGAUAUGGCUACUCAAAAAGUUAUGAUCACUGGUAAUUUUAAUGUGGAUAAGCUAUUGAAAACUCUCAAGAAACGAACUCGUAAAAAGGCAGAAAUCUUGAUGGUGAAUGAGAAAGAAGAUGAUGGACAUGAAGUAGCCCAGGAAAAUGAAGUAGCCCAGGAAGAUGAAGUAGUCCAUGAAGAUGAAGUAGUGCAAGAAGAUGAAGUAGUCCAAGAAGAUGAAGUAGUCCAAGAAGAAAAUGAUGAAUAUGAUGGGGCAAUUACAGAGAAUAAUGAGAAUCCUGACGUAGAAGAGACAAUUGAUACACCUCAAACAAGUACAACAGAAGUUGAAAUCCAUAUGGCAUUUCUUUGUGAGAAGUUCGAGGAAGAUAUCGGAAAAGUUAUUUCUAAAUUUGAAGGUAAAUACUAAAUCUUUUUACUCUAA